CCACCCAAUACUACACAAUUCAUUUCAUCCAAACAAUCUCAAACCACAAAAAAAAUGGCACUCAUUUCUUCCCUCACUCUCUUUUCCUUCCUAGCAAUAAUCCUUACCUUAGCCCAAGCCCAAUCCGAACUCAUCCUAACCGUUGUCAACAAUUGCCCAUUCACAAUUUGGCCCGCGGUCCUGCCCAACCAUGGUUUCCCCAUCUUAGAAAAAGGCGGGUUUCCCCUAUCAAGCCUUACCCAUCGCUCAUUUCCUGUCCCAAACACGCACUGGGCUGGGCGUGUUUGGGCCAGGACGGGGUGCACUUACUCAAAUGGAAAAUUUAGUUGCGCUACCGGCGAUUGCGGUGGGCGCAUAGAAUGCAAUGGGCUAGGCGGGCAAGUGCCCGCAACACUAGCCCAAUUUAGCAUUCAUCAUGGUAAUAGGGAUCACUCCGCUUACGGAGUGAGCCUUGUUGACGGCUUCAACUUGCCCAUGACUAUAACACCCCACGAGGGCAAAGGAGUUUGCCCUGUAGUGGGAUGUAAGGCGAACUUGUUACAAAAUUGUCCUAAGCCUCUAGAGUUUAGAGGCCUACAUGGUAAUGGACCGAUUGUGGGAUGUAAGAGUGGAUGUUUGGCAUUUAACACUGAUGAGUUUUGUUGUAGGAAUCAGUAUAAUAGCGCAAAAACUUGCCAUGGGAACACAUAUUCUCAGUACUUUAAGCAUGCUUGUCCUGCUACUUUUACUUAUGCUCAUGACACUUCUCUCAUGCAUGAUUGUGCUGCCCCACGUGAGCUCAAAGUCAUUUUCUGUCACUAGGAGAGAGAAAAUAUGUCAUUUUCUUUGCUAUUAUGGUCCUUUUUUGUUGUAAGUUUGCUAUCUAAGUGAAGGAUUAAUGAAGAAUGGAUGAUGUGAGAUUGGUAUGAAAAUGUUAAUGGAAGUCUCUUUCAGCUAUAAAUUGUGUUACUAUA